AUGCGUGGUCGAUGCUUUGGUUGCGGAUCCUCCGCCCACAUCAAGAAGGACGGCAACCACGGCUCACUUCGUUGCAACCACUGCCAGCGUCUCGGCCACUCUGCUAACGUCUGCCAAGACAAGUUCAUGGGCUAUCCGCCCGGUCGAGGACUCACCCAACAUCGUCGCGUUGCUGCCACCCAGGAGGCUCCCUUCUCGCUCUUCGAUGACUCUUCCACACCCGCCGCCACCAUUGCUGCCACUUCGCCUGCCCCACCUGCUGCCACCUCGUCUAACGUUUCACUCGCCGAUCUCUUGGUUGCUCAGAAGAACCAACAGGACAUCCUGGAGCGCCUCAAGAAGAUCCAACAACAGGGAUGCAUCACCCACUUCGCUCGUCUGGAGCUCACGGUGGACGGCUACUCCGAGUGGACGGAUUUCCUCAUCACCGAUCUCGGGGGGGAAGAUGUCAUCUUAGGUCUCCCUUGGCUUCGCAAGAUCAACCCCCAGAUCGACUGGCGGAAAGGCACACUAGAGAUUUCCCCUCCUCGUAUUUCCAGUGUCACCAUCGAAGAAGUCCCCGAUGAAGACGCACAGCCCCCUCGAAAGGAACCCCCCUCCGGCAAUGCUAUUAUUGAACAGAUCUACAACGACCCCGAUCCGCCCGUUCCUACCGCUUUCGACGAUUCCCCGGCACCCAACCCUGACUUCCAACCAAGCGAACCUCCCCUCUGCCGCAUCCGCGCUAACCGAGUGACCCGGCGGAAGUGGGUUCGCAAAGGAUUGAUCGAGGACACAGGCGACGAACUUUGGUGUGCCGCAGGCUUCACAUACUCCCAGCAGAUUGCCGAGAAAUCCCAGAAGGACAAACCCCAGAAGACAUUCGAGGAGAGUUGUGUCCCCUUUAUCCCUCAGGCUACCCCUCGUUGUAUCAUCAUGUAG